AUAUUUUUCUAGACCGAAUCUUGAUAAAUGGAUAGACAACUACACACCCACCUCUAUGAAGAAGACGACCCGAGACGUGAGACUCGUGUUGCCGUUAUCCAAUAACGUGUGGGCCCAUCUUCAAAAACAAAAUCAAAACACAGACUUUCAUCAUCAGUGCAAAAUUAAAGAAAUCCAUACAACCAGAAAGGGAGAAAGCUGCAAACGAUCAACCUGCGAAGAUCAGAAAACCCCCUUUUUCUCUGCUACUAGUCCAACACCCUAUCUCCACUCCUCCAUCAACUGCCAAAAAUGAGUUGAUACACCAACAUGGGUUCAUCGUUGUCUAAUUUGACCGAGUGGGGUCCGAUCGCCGGCGACGGACCGGGACUCGGUGACAUACCCGAGAGCUGCGUGGCGUGUGUUUUUUUGUAUCUUACGCCGCCGGAGAUAUGUAAUCUAGCUGGCCUCAACCGUGCUUUCCGGGACGCAGCGUCGUCGGACGCCGUGUGGGAAUCGAAGCUUCCGCAUAACUAUCAAGAUCUGCUCGACCUAUUGCCUCCCGAGAGGUACCAAAACUUGUGUAAGAAAGACGUGUUUGCUCUCCUUUCUCGCCCUGUCCCGUUCGACGAUGGCAACAAGGUAGCAUGGUUGGAUAAGGUUACUGGAAGAGUUUGCUUGUCAAUCUCCACCAAAGCAAUGUCAAUAACAGGAAUUGAAGAUCGAAGAUAUUGGAAUUGGGUUUCUACAGAAGAAUCCAGGUUCAAUAUCGUAGCAUAUUUACAACAAAUAUGGUGGUUCGAAGUCGAUGGUUCCAUAAAAUUCCCUCUCCCACCCGAUAUUUACACAUUAUCAUUUAGAAUACAUUUGGGAAGAUUUUCAAAAAGAUUAGGGCGUCGUGUGUGCUAUUUUGAACACACUCAUGGCUGGGAUAUAAAGCCCGUAAGAUUUGAUCUAUCCACAUCCAACGGUCAAGAAUCAUCGACCGAAUGUUUUUUAGAUGAUUGUGUCGCGGAUGAGGCAAAUGGUUGCCAUAAAAGGGGUUGUUGGAUAGAGUAUAAAGUAGGCGAGUUUAUUGUAACCGAGUCAAAUCCUGCAAUCGAAAUUAGGUUUUCAAUGAAGCAAAUAGAUUGCACGCACUCGAAAGGUGGAAUUUGUGUAGAUAAUGUGUCUAUAAUACCAAGUAAUCUUAAAGUGGGUAGAAGGAGAAGGGCGUUGAAGUAA